AAUAGUUUAUCGCAGCUAAAAAUCAUUUCCACCGUGCAUCUUGAUCAUUAUUCUGCUGAAAUAAGCUAUGAACAAACUAAAGCUCAACCAAAAGGUGAAAGUAAACAAAUUCAUUUCACUCACACACACCGGAGAGCAAACGGCCAUCCGAUGCCUUCAGGACAACGAAUGGAAGCUCGAUCUGUCCUGCGACACGUAUUUCCAAAAUCCGGAUCUAUACUAUCGCGAGCUGGACAAGAAGAAAAUCGAACAGCUGUUCAAUGCCUACCGGGACCCGUCAGACCCGAACAAAAUUAACUCGGACGGUGUGGAGCGGUUUCUCGAAGAUCUGCAUCUAAAUCCGGAAUCUAAGCUGGUACUCAUCAUUGCCUGGCGAUUCAAGGCGGAAGCGCAGUGCGAAUUUGCACGGCACGAGUUCAUCAACGGGUUCUAUGAUCUCGGUGUGGAUAGUAUAGAGAAGCUGAAGGAAAAGUUGCCGCGUAUGGAGCAGGAGCUAAUGGAUCCGGGUCGGUUUAAAGAUUUCUAUCAGUUCACCUUCAAUUACGCCAAAGAUCCUGGUCAAAAAGGGCUGGAUCUCGAGAUGGCGAUCGCGUACUGGAACAUUGUACUUAAAGAUCGAUUUAAAUUUCUUGAUCUUUGGUGCAAGUUUCUGGUGGAAAACCACAAGCGAUCAAUCCCGAAGGACACCUGGAACUUGCUCCUCGAUUUUGCGACCUAUAUCGACGACAGCAUGUCCAACUACGAUGCGGAGGGUGCUUGGCCGGUGCUAAUCGAUGAUUUCGUCGAGUGGUGCCUAAAGCAGAAUAAAGUUACUCAUCCAUCGGUGAUUACAUCCACAACAGGCGGCCACAGCGGUGGUGGGAGUGGGUUUAGUUCCCACUCUAUGCAGCAUGUCCCAUCCACCUCGGCAAUGAUGAGCAACGUUCCUGUUCCCGGAUCGGCUACGGCAACCUCUACAACUACCAAUCCGUACGGCGGAAGCCGGUCGAGCCCAUACGGAACAGCGACCGGCAGCACAGCCAAUAUGUUUUACUAGACACCAUCAUGUAAGUCAGCUAGUGUGAGUACCAGUUCGUCUCUCUUACUCUCCUCUUUUGCCCACACCACAGCUCUGGUUUUAAGGUGUCGGGAAAUUGGAUGGACAAUGGUGGGUUUCAAUAUUCAUUUUUCAUCAUUGCUCGCGUUACGUUUGUUCAGGAAAAGCAGGCAAAGAAGUCAAAAAAAGAGCAAAAAUCUUAGCAAUAAUGAUAUAAACGAGAGAACGGCGAAAUAGGAAACCUUUUUCAUUCCGAUGCAGUUGCAAAGUUUCCACCGUACAACAGAGAAAUUGUAGAGAGCUGUCCCAUUAAAGCUUAAUCGUUUCAACAUUCUCGUUCAUUUAAUCCCUGUUUUCAUUACAAUCUUCUUCAAAACUAUAAUCAUUUUUUUGCCGCCGUAGCGACCAGAGGGCAAACAGAAUGGUUGUUUACGUGUCCGAGUGCAAUGUGCUCCCGUUGGCUCGUACCGUCGUACGAUCCUCGGAAAGAUGAAUGAGAUAUUACUCUAACCCAGGAAUGGCAAAUGACCGGCCGGUAAACAAUUUUGUAAAACAUGACACGCUUUUGUGUGUUGCAAAAUAUUUUCAAAUGAGUUAUAGUUCAAACGCAAGCCGGACUCCGGACAUGUCGAACCUACAAUGCAUCUAGCGUGUGUAGCGAUAGCUCUUGCUGUUCAUUGAACAAAUAUUUAAUACAGAUAUUCCAUACCUGGGCCGCAUGGCCUGCGAAAAACUACAAUGACGCAAUGAAUAACAAAGUGGCCCGCUAGUAAAAUGUGUUUGACAGACCUGCUCUAAGUGAUAAUGCACCCAAGUGAGCGAACCGGCGCUGGAGCGCGUGUUGAAUGAGGGAGGGUUUUCAUUUCAUCGUUUAGAAAAUGUCUUAUACAAAUUUCGUUAUUGCAUUACAUUGUUGCAUUAUGCUUCGGUUUGUGUCGGUUCCUCUAGUCAAGAAAAGUGCGAAAGCAGAUAAAAAACGAAACUGUGCGAAUGGAUGGUAUAGGAAGAAAAAAAAACAUUUCAAAAAUAGAAAAUGAUUCUACAAAAGCAGUAGUGUAAUUUUGAACGCAGGAAUACAACCAAGAAUAACAACCAUCAAAGACCCGACUCAAGAUGAA